AUGCAGCGUCUCGGUAUACAUGUCGACUUCUGCGACUCUCAGUGGGCCAUUCCCGAACCUAGACACAUACCGCCCCUGCAGCCAGCAGAGGAUAUCGUCCUCGACCUCAGCAUUAUGAUUGCGCUUUGCUGUGACUCGACACACCAUCCAUUGCCUGCAGACGAGUACGAGCUAGAGUCUCGUUUUCGAACGAUGAAGCUUGCCUCAUCCCCUGAGGGCUCCGAUGGUCCCGCAGACAACCGUCUCGUUCUCGGCAACUAUACAAACGCAACGCGCGAUCUGCGAGACCAGCUGCGGUGCGAGAUCCGCCGCCCCCUGAUCACAGAGAUGAUACACCGGCUGAACGGCAGGACUGUUCGCUUCUGGAUAACGCGUGAGGUGCGCGACCGCCUGCCGAAGCUUGUCGAUGUAAUAGGUGGCGAGAGGGAGCGCUACCGAGCGCAAGCAAUGUUCAAUGCCAACAACUUCUGGGCCGGGUCGAGAUGGGAGGGAAAAGUUAGCGAGAACCUGCGCGACUUCCGUGUUCGCGUGCUGGAGGAUGAACCCAGCUGGACCGCCGAGGGCGUCUCUCCACAGCAUGAGAGGAUACUGUCGACUCCAUUCGACAGCGCGGUCGCGCACGUGUGCCGCGAGAUGCUCAGUUCCUCCGAGGAUACGCCCACCGAGACACCCGCAACUGGCUUUCCCCCCGAUACCGAUGGGCAGGCUAUGCAGCCCAGGCCGACAGGCAAGCCGAAAAAUAUGAGAAUAUCCCGAAACCCGCAGCGAGCGAGGGUCGGGACGCGAUUCACGAACUCAAAGUUGCCGAGCGGACACACGCUGCGCACGCUCUUGGCCGGCAUUGCGGGGGGCAUGACGAUUCUCACGAACAACCGUGGUGCCGUACUUAAAGUCCUUCGCGAACAGGGCGUCAUGGAGGGAAUCCCCUUCGCAUAUGCUGAGGAGGGGACGAAAGAAGAUGGGCAAGACGCGCACAGGGCACGAAUAUGGAUUGUGAACCCCAGCUCGCUGGCUGAGUGGCGCCGGUGCCAGGUCGAGAAGGCCAACACUGAGCUGAUCGAGCAGUAUCCUGGGGCAAGGAUAGAGCGGAUUGUGUAA